AUCUCCCCCCACCCGUGCGGGAGAGCCAGCGAGGUGGUGGUGGUGGCGAUGAAGAAGACGACGACGAUGAUGGUGGUGGUGGUGGCGGCGGCUCGCGGUUGACAAUCGCCGGAGCGUCGCGAUCAAUCCAUCUGUGCGGCGGCACCAGCGGUGGUUGUGGCAGCGGGAAGAAGCGAAGAGAUUUACCACCUCCCUCUCCUUGGGGAAAAUUCCAUUCCAUCUUGCGACCACUACCACCAACAAUCACCGAGGCAAUUAACGCUUGCCAAUUAACAAUCGGGAAGGACAAUUGUAUAACAAUCGUUCCUGUAGCGUGGUUGUGUGUGGUGGUGGUGGGGGGAGGAGGAGGUGGUGGAUAAGAUUUGAAAUUGGCGAGAGAUGAGGCAUCAUCAUCAGCAGCAUCACCACGUCCCAUUAUCUGCGGAUUAACCUGGACUCUGCCUUAAGACUCCGGGGGGUCACGGGGAGGAGGAAUGAACGAAGCGUUUAAGGAAGGAAGAGGAGUUUAAGGAAGGUUCAAGCGACGUUCGGACCGAACAUUAAUUUUGUAUGAUUCUCUCUCUGGUGGGAGGCGAUUUACAAGAAGCCCGAUCCGAGCAGCUGGCACGGAGGACGGAGGAGGCCGGCCGAAGACAAACACAUGCUAUUUUUUUGGUGCUAACGAACAAAACAUUGGUUGUGAGAUUUGAAAAAGGAACACUAAAUAUUGAAAUGAUUUUUUAAUGGGGGAGGGAAAGUGCGAUUGAAUUGAUUUGUUGAAUUCCUACACCGGCAGAGGCAGGCGACGCAGCGGCAGCAGCAAGAGGGAGGUGAAGAAGGAGAAAGAGGAGGCGGCUGGUUGUUGUUGUUGUUGUCGUCUUGCGGGGUCUGCGAUGGCGGACGACGACGUGCUGUUCGAGGACGUCUACGAGCUGUGCGAGAUCAUCGGCAAGGGCCCCUUCAGCGUGGUGCGACGAUGCAUCAACCGGGAGACGUUGCAGCAGUUCGCCGUCAAGAUCGUGGACGUGGCCAAGUUCACAUCCAGCCCAGGCCUCAGCACCGAAGACCUGAAACGAGAAGCCAGCAUCUGCCACAUGCUGAAGCACCCCCACAUCGUGGAGCUGCUGGAGACCUACAGCUCCGAUGGGAUGCUCUACAUGGUGUUCGAGUUCAUGGACGGCGCUGACCUGUGCUUCGAGAUCGUCAAGCGGGCGGACGCGGGAUUCGUGUACAGUGAGGCCGUGGCCAGCCACUACAUGCGUCAGAUCCUGGAGGCCCUCCGCUACUGCCACGACAACAACGUCAUCCACAGGGACAUGAAGCCGCACUGCGUCCUCCUCGCCUCCAAGGAGAACUCCGCGCCGGUCAAGCUGGGGGGGUUCGGCGUCGCCAUUCAGCUCGGGGAGUCCGGGCUGGUCGCUGGCGGGCGAGUUGGUACUCCGCACUUCAUGGCGCCGGAGGUGGUGAAGCGGGAGCCGUAUGGCAAGCCGGUGGACGUGUGGGGCUGCGGGGUGAUGCUCUUCAUCCUGCUCAGCGGCUGCCUCCCCUUCUACGGCACCAAGGAACGCCUCUUCGAGGCCAUCAUCAGGGGCAAGUACAAGAUGAACCCGCGUCAGUGGGACAACAUCUCCGAGAGCGCCAAGGAUCUCAUCCGGAGGAUGCUGAUGCUGGACCCGGCGGAGCGGAUCACCGUGUACGAGUCACUGAACCACCCCUGGCUGAAGGAGAGGGACCGCUAUGCCUGCAAGGUUCACCUCCCAGAGACGGUGGAGCAGCUGAGGAAGUUCAACGCCCGCAGGAAGCUCAAGGGCGCCGUACUGGCGGCAGUCGCCAGCCACAAGUUCACCAGCUUCUACAGCGACCCUCCAGAGGGGUUGCCGGACUUCACCGACACCUCCACAGGACUGCUCGCUGCAGAACGAGCGGUGAGCCAGGUGCUGGACAGUCUGGAGGAGAUCCACGCCCUGACCGACUGCAGUGAGAAGGACCUCGAGUUCCUGCACAGCGUCUUCCAAGACGCUCACCUCCACAGCCUCCUGGACCUGUAUGACAAGAUCAACUCCAAGUCGUCCCCGCAGAUCCGCAAUCCCCCUAGCGAUGGGGUGCAGAGGGCCAAGGAGGUGCUGGAGACGGUGGCGACCUACCCUCACCAGGACGCCAAGGAACUCCGCGCGCUGCUCACCCAGCCACACUUCAUGGCUCUGCUGCAAGCGCACGACGUGGUGGCCCACGAGGUGUACAGCGACGAGGCUCUCCGCGUCACCCCGCCGCCCACCUCCCCCUUCCUCAACGCCGCUGACUCCCCUGGCAGCCCCGACGCGGAGCUCGACAUGGAGAACGUGACACGUGUACGGCUCGUACAGUUCCAGAAGAAUACAGACGAGCCCAUGGGCAUCACGCUGAAGAUGAAUGAGCAGAACCGGUGCAUUGUGGCCAGGAUCAUGCACGGAGGGAUGAUUCACAGACAAGGCACGCUGCACAUCGGCGAUGAGAUUCGUGAGAUCAAUGGGAUCAGCGUCAUGAACCAGUCGGUGGAGCAGCUGCAGAAGAUGCUGAGAGAGAUGCGAGGAAGUAUCACCUUCAAGAUUGUCCCCAGCUACCAGAGCCAGCCAUCAUCGUGUGAGAGCGAGUCUCCCACCGUGAGGCUGCUCACCACCAACGGGCACUACACACGCAACAACUCCGUCAUGGCCGUUGUGGCUCCAGCACCCAAGGCAAGACAGAUCUUCGUGCGGGCGCUCUUUGACUACGACCCACAGCGAGACGACCUCAUCCCGUGCAAGGAGGCCGGCAUCCGCUUCCGCACGAGCAACAUCCUGCAGAUCAUCAGCAAGGACGACCACAACUGGUGGCAGGGCCGGCUGGAGCACUCCAAGAUCGGCACAGCUGGACUCAUCCCCUCGCCCGAGCUGCAGGAGUGGCGCGUGGCGUGCCUGGCGAUGGAGAGAGCCAAGCAGGAGCAGCAGGCGAGCUGCACGUGGUUCGGCAAGAAGCGGAAGCAGUACAAGGACAAGUACCUGGCCAAGCACAACGCAGUGUUCGACCAACUAGACCUGGUGACCUAUGAGGAGGUGGUCAAGUUGCCGGCAUUCAAACGGAAAACCCUGGUGCUGCUCGGAGCCCACGGGGUGGGGCGACGUCACAUCAAGAACACGCUCAUCACGAAGCACCCAGAGCAGUUCGCGUAUCCCAUACCACACACGACGCGGCCUGCGAGGAAGGAGGAGGAAGACGGCAAGAAUUACCACUUCGUGACGCACGACCAGAUGAUGCUGGAGAUCGCGAACAAUGACUACCUGGAGUAUGGCAGCCACGAGGAGGCCAUGUACGGCACCAAACUCUCCACCAUCCGCAAGAUUCACCUCGACUCACUCAUGGCCAUCCUGGACGUGGAGCCGCAGGCUCUCAAGGUGCUGAGGACGGCCGAGUUUGCUCCGUUCAUCAUCUUCAUCGCCGCUCCCACGGUGACACCAGUCAUGAACGAGCUCCCGCGCUGGUGUAAGAAGUUGCCAGACGAGUCGCUGCAGCGCCUGCAGAAGGAGUCGGAGCUGCUGCAGAAGGCGUACGGUCACUACUUCGACCUGACGGUGGUCAACAACGAGAUCGAGGAGACCAUCCGCCAGGUGGAGGAGGCCAUCGCCGCCGUCAGCGCCACGCCCCAGUGGGUUCCCGUCUCCUGGGUCUACUGAGAGCGGGGGUGGGGGUUUGGUGACCCCCACGUGACCCCCCCCCCCGGGGGGUGGUGGGGGGGUGGAGGGGGGGGGCCCGCCACCGCCGCCGCCGCCGCUUCCGUCACUCGCGAGCUUCUUCCACGGUGGAGCUGUUUUUGUUUUGUUGAGAAUCGUUGAGUUCCCCCUCCCCCCUCAAGCCCCGCCCCCCCACGUCCCUCACCC